GGUCGAGCUGGCAGUAAUGUAGUUUAGUGUGAUGAUGUCAGACCCUGCGCGCCGGCAGGGUACUGAGUUUAACAAAAUCGGAUGCUGCGACUGGACGUCUGCCCUAUAAAACGCGAUCGGUUCACGCCCUAGUUUAAAACAUUUUCGAGUCGUGAUAAAAGAACAACAAUGGACAGCGAUGACGACAACGUUGAAGAGGUCGUAGAGGGCCCCUUGGAUGAAAAUGACCAGCCGCAUGGGUUCUGCAUGGUCACCUACUCCUCCAGUGAUCGGUUCGAGGGACACUUUGUCCACGGAGAGAAAAAUGGAAAAGGGAAAUUUUUCUUUUUCGAUGGGAGCACGUUGGAGGGCUUCUACAUGGAUGACUCUCUUCAGGGGCAGGGUGUGUAUCGCUACGAGGACGGCGGGGCUCUGCACGGGUCCUAUGUGGAUGGGGAGCUAACCGGCCCAGCCCAGGAGUACGACCAGGAUGGGCGGCUGAUCUUCAAGGGCCAGUACAAAGACAACAUCCGCUUUGGCCUGUGCUGGUUCUACUACUCUGACCGGGGCUGUGUGGUGGGAGAAGUGAAUGACGAGGGAGAGAUGACUGGGAACCAUGUGGCGUACGUUUACCCCGACGGCCAAACGGCUCUGCUCGGCAGCUUCGUGGACGGAGAGCUCAUAGAGGCACGGCUCGCCAGCCUGAUGUUGCAAGAGAACGGCCGACCACACUUGGAGUUGGUAGAUGACCGCACUGUUUAUUCCUUUGACAAAUCAACAUCUACCUGCAUUGCAAACUUCAGACUUCUCCCUGAUCCAUAUGAGAGCCAACAUGUGUUUGUAGGACAGUCACUGAUCUCAGGAGCAGGAGAAGGUCUGUUUGCCAAGACUGACGCAGAUCCAGACAGUGUCAUGGCUUUUUAUAACGGAGUUCGCAUUACACACUCUGAGGUGGAUAGUCGUGAUUGGUCAGCGAAUGGUAACACAAUCUCUCUGGAUGAGGAGACGGUCAUCGAUGUCCCCAAGCCCUUUAACCAGACAGAGACAUACUGCGCCUCACUCGGUCACAAGGCCAACCAUUCUUUCUCUCCCAACUGCAAAUAUGACCCAUUUGUCCACCCUCGCUUUGGCCUCAUAAAAAGCAUUCGGACAAUCCGGGGCGUGCAAAAAGACGAGGAGCUGACUGUCGCCUAUGGCUACGACCACAAGCCUUCUGGGAAAUCUGAGCUGCCGGCGCCAGACUGGUACACAAAGGAACUCCGGGAAUUUCAGGAGCGGAAUGGCGAAAUGCCCGCAAGCACUAAAGCUCGUUAAUAGCCACUCCGAGUGCCCCCUCACCCAUCCCCCUACAACACUUAAGGCCUAUUCACUCUGCCAACGACAACUUGAACUAUAAUGGUAUGAGUGUCCACACUGACCUACGAUAAUAUAGAAAUAUCAUUCCUAUUUUAAUUAUACGGAUUCUGAUUGGUUGUGAGUGUUUCUAUCGUUCACACAAUCUCUCCGAAAUUGAUGACCAACGAGAUCUUUCUUCGUGUCGUUUUCAUUCCAAUGUGUGGUAUUGAUGUUGUUGUUCGUAUGAACUAGACCAAUAUUUAAAAUGAUGAUUUUUUUUUGUAUAGUUGUCGUUGGCACUGUGGACGGGCCUUUACUCAGCAGCUUUACCUGAGUGAAAACCCGACCGCCUGCUUCUUCAACCCUUCUCUCUGUCUCUCUCUUUGGCUGUUUAACCCAGCCCAGGUACAGCUACAUGGGCACUUCCUGGCUUUGCUCCUUCCCAGAACUGCUAAUAGUUGAUGGCUUGUGUUACACACCCCUCCUGAUGAGUAUCCCUUCCUGUACUCACCUAUUCUGUAGCAACCACCCCAAUUUAAUAGGUCCCGAUCACCCCCCAACCCCACCCCUAUUAGUAAAAUAUAACUGUUUGCGGUCUCUGUGAAAGUAAAGUCAUCGGUUGAUUCAGCCUUUUACAUUGAAGCCCAAGAUGUCGGGAGCCACGUGUGAUUUAACAGUGCUUUGCAGUGGUGUUUACAGGGGCAGGCCAGGGAGCAUUGAAGAUUAGCACAAUACUGUGGCUACAGGAAAUGAACAUCAGACACACCACCCACACAAGCCCAGAAGAGCUAUGCACUAAUUGUCCAAUCAGAUGUCCCAUGUCCUAUACAGAUCUGCACUUGAUCAUCCCUGCAGCAUCAGCGUCUGUGACAAUGACAGUGGGAUGUGAUAUGGACUGUUAUGUGAUCUGUUUAAUCACUCAAGGCUUCCAUUGAAUACUAAAGAAACUAUCUUAAAAAAAUAUACCUGUGUGAAGUUUGCUCAGGUCUGGGAAAGUGGGAGUUUUCCUGUUACUUUUUAUUUUAUUUACAGUAAGGCCACUUGUAUUCUGUCACUUUCCUAGACAGACAUGUUUCACUGGAGUGAGCGGCAGUGAUGUAACCAUCAGUAUUGAACUCACUAAUAGUGGUAUUCAUUUGUGCUGCAUGAUUUUAUCUUUUGCCUUGUAUUAAUAAUACCCCUUUUCUCUGCUUACUGACGGAUGUUACAGAUGAGGUAUGGAGGACUGUUUACAAGUGUGUGUGUCUGCGUGCGUGUGUUUCAGAUGAUGUGCUGUAUGAGCGUGAAUGUGCACGAGGUGACAGUACAUUGUUCUGAAUGUGGGUAAUAGCAAUAGUAAAGACGUUUUCUGCUGUAAACCAGACCAGACUUAAUAAAAAAGUUACCACGGAUGUUA